AUGCUAAUCACCGACGUGGUGACGCCGGCGCUCGUGCUCGACCUGGCCCGAACGCAGCGCAAUGCCGCGGCGAUGGUGGCGGCGGUGGGGGGCAGAGCGGCUAUUCGCACCCACGGAAAGGCUCUGAAGAGCAGCGCCCUCGCCCGCUACCUCGGGCUCAAGCAUGUGUGCGCGCAGACUGUGGUCGAGGCGGAGUGCAUGGUGCGAGGUGGCUGCACUGACGUGCUCCUCACCAACCAACUGGUUGGCAAGGACAAGCUGCACCGGCUCGCUCUACUGGCGGCGACGCCCUCGCUCAGGUUGGGUGUCCUUGUAGACUCCCGCUGCCAGAUCGAGGCGCUCUCCGCGGCGGCGGAGACGAGAGGGGUGGAGAUCGACGCCUACGUCGAGGUGGACGCCGGCCAGAACCGCUGCGGCGUAUCUGCGCCCGAGGCGGCCCUCGCUCUCGCGUCGGCAAUCAGCGCGUCUGGCCGGCUUCGGCGCCACUCGAUCGACGUGCCUUGCGUCACCGGAGGAGGCACCGGCACCUUCCCGUACGAGCUCGAGGGAGGCGUCCACACCGAGCUGCAGCCUGGCGCUAGACUAGCCGAGAUGCCGCCGAGAUCUGCACAGCUCAGCUGGAGAUCGGCUGAUACAUAUGCAGAGAUCCACCGAGGCUCGUAUCUCUUCAUGGACGGUGACUAUGGCCAGAACGAGCCCUUCCCGCCCGCCGCCCGCGGCGCCGCCUUCGCGCAGAGCCUCUUCGUGCAGACGGCGGCCCGGCCGCCCCCGCCUCGCGUCAUCGUCGUGGAUGGACAUGUCAUGGACGUGUCAUCGCUGUGA